AUGUCAAGUUAUUUAGAUAACCUCUCAAUUAAUAACUACACUCAUGCAGAAUUAUACGAAUUAUGGGAAACUUCAGUUGAAGAACUAACAUUAAUAUAUUAUAAUUAUUUAUCAUAUAGAAAACAACAAUUGGCAGUAUUAUACAAAUUACAAUUCACAGUUAAAAGUAGUAGAAGAUUAGAAUAUCAAUGGUUACAAUUACGUAACCGAUUAAUUAACCUCAAUGUGGAAUUAUGGGAAUAUCGUAAAAUUGUCAAUAUUAUAAUGUAUACCAUGAAAUGUAAACGUUAUAUCAAUUCAAUCGAAUUAAGACAAUUGAAUUGUAGAUUGGUACAAGAGAUUAAUCAUGUUGAAUCAAUCAUAUUGAUAGAAGAUGAAUCAGAUGAUCAAGAAGAAGCAAAUGGAUAUUCUUCUUAUAAUAAUAAUAAAGAAAUGGAUGAUGAUUUGUUUGAUAUUCAACUGAUUCAUAAAUAUCCUUCUUUAACUAAAAGAAUUAUGAAGUUGGAAACAAGUUUGAUAAUGAAAUAUAGAUACGUCAAGAAAGUUUAA